UUUUGUGGGUUUCAGAUAUUUUAACGCCAAUUCCAAGUUCCAUCUACGAGAAAUAUCUGACCCUUAUGGUUUCCAUUACUCAAGCACUUUCAUUUCGUCUUAAGUUCAUCACUUCUGCAUUUUCUUCCAUACUUUCCCGCGAGGUUUAGAUAGGUUUUGUUUCUUGAGAGACGGCGAAGAUGGAAAGUCAGGGAGUGAGACGGAGGAUUAACACGAUUGCCGCCCACUUCGUCGCCGUCGCCGCCGAAGAUAUUUCCGGCGCCGCAACCCACGUCUUUCCUAUGAACUGCAGUAGUAGUUUGAACUCUGUCAUCCGGAGGUUCGACAACAGGAUGAAUUUUGCAAGGCAAGGGUCUUGUUCUCAAGCUUAUUUCAUGAGGCAGGUUUCAAUGGAUCAGUCUAGCUCUGUUCAGGCCAAUGUGCCUCUCAAAGGCUCUACUUCUAGUGUUGACUCUUCCAGGACAUUGGAAGCACCUUUGUUUUCUAAACCUGCUAAGAUGGAACCCAGAUUCUCAAAUAUCGGAAUGAUCCAGCCUGGGGCAAGAGAAUGCGAAUUCUCUGCACCAGAGCCUCAGUUUGCCAGGCCCAACAGAACAACUACUGGACAGCAGCGAUUCUAUUCCAGGAAAAAAAUACCUUCUUUUAAAUCCAAUAGAUUUGAGAGGACCCCGAGGAUGGAUGUUGCAGAAUCUGGACGCAGUUACAUUGUUAUGGUAGAACUUCCAGGUGUCAGUAUUGGUGACAUCAGAGUAGAGGUCAACGAUCAAAGCUUGACCGUGACGGGUAAAAACUCAAUGCAUUGUUGGACUAUGGCAAGUUCAAAUGAGACAAUGUCUGCAUAUCACAAGAUGAAGGUUUCACACGGGCCAUUCCAGGUUGUGUGGCCCCUGCCCAGUAAUGUGGACAAGGACCAUGUCUCCGCAGAGUUUGUGGAUGGACUUCUCCGUGUCACCGUUCCUAAGCUUUAGAUUCCUGUGGUGGAAGCUGCAUGUAUAUAUAUAUGUACACACACACGUUUGAAUAUAUUUAUAUACUGAUGAGCAGUUAUGUCAUGAACUUAUUUCUUCGUGUUUGUAUUGGCUAUUUAACUAUAUAUGCCAGCCAGCUUGUGCUGAAGUCAAUAAAACUAUCUUGUAGGCCUGGAGCUGUUCUUA